AUGCUCCUGCGUGUCGUCAGUCAGGUCCACGUACCACCAGCUGCGACACUGACUAAGACAGCAGAACGUCAUAUCCUGUACGAUCGGGAGGAGUACGUACCGUACUUCUCAGUCUGCGCCCAUUGGCGAGAUGGCCUGCUCAUGGAUCUAUGCAAAUGCGCACUGUCUCACGUUCCUGCGCCACCGAAAACAUACGUCACACAACUAAAAGAAGCUCCGCACAUCAGUCGAGCAAUGGCAUCGCCAAACUUCAUCGUGCGUGGUUGCGACCAGUGUCGACCGGCACGAAGAUGUCCGGAAUGUCCAACAGAAUACCUUAUCGAAGUGCGUAUGGUUGAGGAUCCCAAAGAUCUCGCAAGGCCAUUCAAGCAUGAUAUCGUUGUGACGAGGUGGAGCGAUCUCGGCGAUGGCAGUAGCCCAUACACGUCACCCGAAUGGGCCGCUGUCAAUGGCGUUGUCGUGCCCGAAGAAGAAGGUGGACAUGCGUAUGAGAGUUUCACUCACGUUGGCCGAAGAGCUGUUAGCGGUAUGUUCGAGAGCAGGAUCAGUGGGAGCAUACCUGGGCAGCGAAUGCUUAGUCUCAAUCCGAAGAACAAGAAGAUGGAUGAAGAUGGACAUGGGUGGUACUGA